GUGAUAGUAAUCCACGGGCAAAAGCAGUAGAGUAGAGUCAUUUCAGAGAGUUGCGUGGCCAGCAGCCAGCCAGCUUGCUUGCUUCUCUGCUUGCGAGCUUGCAGCCACAGCCAUGGCGUCUCACUCUGCAAUUAACGAACUCUAUAAUUCUUCCAAAUUGAUUCCGUGUGUUUUCCCACUUUUCCUCAUCGUUAUCCUUUUGCUUUCUAUCUCAUCGGCUGACAGUUCUACGCACAUCUCCGACGGUCCCAAGAAUGAUUUGUUUCCUGAAAUUCUAAGAGAUGAGGCCGUUGCAAGAAUUUAUGAGCUGGGAAAGGUAAGUGAUGGCCAUGGCUAUCUGGAGAGGACUUUCUUGAGCCCAGCUUCCAUCAGGGCUGGGAAUCUUAUCAGAACGUGGAUGGAGGAUGCUGGUUUGACAACGUGGGUGGAUGGAUUGGGGAAUGUGCAUGGUAGAGUUCAACCACCAAAUGCUAGCAACAAGGCUCUUCUAAUCGGUUCUCAUUUGGAUACUGUUGUUGAUGCUGGUAUGUUUGAUGGAACUCUUGGCAUAAUAUCGGCUAUAUCAGCUUUAAAGGUGUUAAAUGUAACAGGAAGGUCAAGGCAUCUACAACAUCCGGUUGAAGUAAUUGCGUUUAGUGAUGAAGAAGGAGUUAGAUUUCAAUCUACAUUUCUAGGAAGUGCAGCUCUUGCAGGGGUACUUCCUGCUUCAACAUUGCAGGUACCUGACAAAAGUGGCUUGACAGUGCAAAAUGUUUUAAAAGAGAACUUGAUAGACACUACAGAAGAAAACCUCAGUCAGAUCAAAUAUGAACCUGAGUCUGUUUUGGGCUAUGUGGAGGUUCACAUCGAACAGGGACCUGUACUUGAAUCAAUUGGUCUUCCUCUUGCUGUUGUAAAAGGUAUUGCUGGACAGACACGAUUAAAGCUGACAGUGAGAGGAUCACAAGGACAUGCUGGAACAGUUCCCAUGUCUAUGCGCCAAGACCCUAUGGUUGCUGCAGCUGAAUUAAUUGUAUUAUUAGAAAGCCUAUGUAAACACCCACAGGAUUUUAUUUCAAGUAAUGGACACUGCAAUGCCUUCUCCAUUGAAUCUCUUUCAGGAUCACUUGUUUGUACAGUUGGUGAGAUAUCAACCUGGCCCAGUGCAAGUAAUGUCAUACCAGGCCAGGUAUCAUUUACUAUAGAUAUCCGUACUAUAGAUGACAUAGGAAGGGAGGCCAUCAUAUACGAAUUGUCAAAUCAGAUGCAUAGAAUAUGUGAUGGUCGUUCUGUUUCUUGUUUCCUGGACCGGAAGCAUGAUGCAGAUGCUGUAAAUUGUGAUGGAGGAUUAAAUUCACAGCUGAAAUCUGCUGCCUACACUGCUUUGAAGCGAAUGGCGGGUGAAGAUAUUGGUGAUGUGCCAGUACUCAUGAGUGGUGCAGGCCAUGAUGCAAUGGCCAUGUCUCAUUUGACCAAGGUUGGUAUGCUAUUUGUUAGGUGUCGUGGAGGGAUUAGUCAUUCCCCAGAAGAGCAUGUAUUAGAAGAUGAUGUUUGGGCGGCGGGUUUGGCAAUUCAAGCAUUCCUGGAGACUAACUUGUAGGAUUCCAUUCCCCUCCCUGUAUGUAAUUUCUCUUCAUAUCAUCAUUUGAUUGAUAUGCCACUAUGUAAAUAUGGAAUUUUAAUUUCUUCAUAAGUAAGUAAUGACGCAGUGAUUAGCUUCAUUGCAUUAUUUACCA